AUGGCUUCGCAACUCGACUUGUUCGUUCUCGGUCUCGGAGGCUUGCUAGCCGUCCUUUAUCUGUUCCGUGACAGCUUGUUCGGCGGUGCCAAGGACACUGGUUCCAAGCUUGCCAAUGGCGCCCCUCUCGCUGCUACCGACCAAGGUGGCGCCGACUUUGUCUCGAAGCUCAAGUCCCAAAACAAGCGCAUCGCCAUCUUCUACGGCUCCCAAACCGGUACCGCCGAAGAAUACGCCACCAAGCUCGCCAAGGAGGCCAAAGCCCGUUUUGGCACCUCUUCUCUCGUCCUCGAUCCCGAGGAGUACGAGUUCGACAAACUUGACCAGAUGCCCCAAGACACCGUUGCCGUCUUUGUCAUGGCAACUUACGGCGAGGGUGAGCCCACGGACAAUGCCGUUGGCCUCAUGGAGUUCAUCGAAAACGAGUCGCCCGAAUUCUCCAACGGCAGUGAGCGUCUCGAGAACCUCAACUACGUCAUCUUUGGCCUUGGAAAUCGGACCUACGAGCAUUUCAACGCUGUUGCCCGCAAGCUCGAUGCGCGUCUUCAGUCUCUCGGCGCCAAGCGCAUUGGCGAGCGAGGCGAAGGUGACGACGACAAGAGCAUGGAGGAAGACUACUUGGCCUGGAAGGACUCCAUGUUCGAGGCACUUGCCACUUCGCUCAACUUUGAAGAGGGCGGUGGAGGUGAUGUGCCCGAUUUCAAGGUCACCGAACUUGCCAACCACCCCGAUGACAAGGUCUACCACGGCGAGCUUUCCGCUCGUGCGCUGCUUGGCACCAAGGGCAUUCACGACGCCAAGAACCCGUACAACGCCGUCGUCAAGGAGGCUCGCGAGCUGUUUGUCCAAGGCACCGCCGAUCGUACUUGCGUCCACAUCGAAUUCGACAUUGAUGGCUCCGGAAUCUCGUACCAGCACGGCGACCACAUUGCCGUGUGGGCACACAACCCCGAGCCAGAGGUUGACCGUGUUCUCGCCGUAUUUGGUCUCCUCGACAAGCGCACCACCGUGAUCGACGUCGAAUCGCUUGACCCCACCCUUGCAAAGGUGCCCUUCCCCGUCCCCACCACGUACGAAGCCGUCUUCCGACACUACAUUGACAUCACCAGCCAUGCCUCAAGACAAACGCUCAACAGCUUUGCCAAGUUUGCCCCUUCGCCCGAUAUCCAAGCCAAGCUGGAAAAGGUCUGUGCCAACAAGGACAUUUUUCAGGCCGAAAUCGGCAGUCGCUUGCUCAAGACCACAGAGGCCAUGCAGUGGAUCGCCGGCGACGAUCUUCAGGCUGACGUCAGCUCCAUAAAACCCUGGAACGUACCCUUUGAUCGUGUAAUCUCGGAUCUUCCUCGUGUUGGUCCUCGCUUCUACUCGAUCUCGUCCAGCCCCAAGAUGCACCCCAAGUCGGUCCACAUCACGGCUGUCGUGCUCCGAUACCAGGCCAACAAGUCCGCCCCCUGGGUGCACGGUCUUGCCACCAACUUGAUUAGCUCCAUCAAGAUGGCCAAGAAUGGCGAGCAGCCAACUGGUCCCUCCGACCCGCGCUAUGGCACCCCAAAGUAUUUGCUGGACGGUCCGCGAGGCGCUUACACAAAGGACGGCGCAUUCCGUGCUCCCAUCCACAUUCGACGCUCCAACUUUCGUCUACCCACCUCGCCCAAGAUUCCUGUCAUCAUGGUCGGUCCCGGUACUGGCGUUGCGCCUUUCCGCUCUUUUGUGCAAGAUCGCGUUUGCAGCGCCGAAAAGGCACUCGAGAAGUCCAACGGCAAGUCGGCUCAGGAGGCGCUCAAGGACUGGGGCAAUCUCUGGCUCUUCUACGGCUGCAGGAAGGCCGACGAAGAUUUCCUUUACCGUGACGAGUGGCCGCAAUACGCACAGAAGCUCGGCGGCAAGUUCAUCAUGGAAACCUCGCUUUCGCGCGAAAAGUUCAAGCCUGACGGCUCCAAGCUUUACGUGCAGGACUUGAUCUGGGAGCGACGCAAGCAGAUUGCCGAGGACAUUCUGGAGCGCAAGGCGUACAUUUACAUUUGCGGUGAAGCAAAGGGUAUGGCGCACGAUGUCGAGGCCAUCUUUGGCAAGAUCCUCGAGGAGGCAAAGGGUUCGGCAGAAGAGGCCAAGAAGGAGAUCAAGUUGCUCAAGGAACGCUCGAGGCUGCUUCUCGAUGUAUGGUCCUAA